AGGGAGGAGGAGGACGGAGUAGGACAGAGAAAGUGUGCUGCAGCCCUAAACAAUCGCUUACACAUAGGGGCAUCAGUCAGAGCAUAACUGGCGAGGCGCGAUAAAAAAUGUUUUAGUAAGAGAGAUUUUGGACUGGUGAGCGAGCAGAACACUGUCUUUUUGCACACAUAUAUUCUAAAAUGGACACUGUGGCCACUCCGUGCAUUGCCCAUUCCAUGCUGCAGAAUUAGGAGCAGACUGGUGGUACAGGAGAGCGGAGCAGUGCAUAGAGUAGGGGCAUCCCUGGCAGUGCGGUGACACCUAAGCCACUUGUUCUGCUCUGGAGCCACUACCUGUAGCUUUCACUCUACCUCGCCAUUCCCAUCGGUCUCUUGCCCUUACCUUCCCUGGCGUUGGAUCUGUGUGCCCUCUCAGUGCCCUGGGCUGCCGGGCUCCUUACCUGCUGGAGUUGGAACAUGUACCGUGCUUUCUAAAAGCGGAGACGCAAUGAUUCCUGAGCAGACAAACCAUGUUGUAUCCACCAUCGAGAACCUGCCGGCUGAGAGCAUCUCUGCUAGCCCCGGCCCCCUGCACAGGAUGAGGAAUGUAUUUAGCAGGGAGAUGCUGCUCUCUGUGGCUCUCGGCCAAGUAUUAUCCUUACUUAUUUGUGGCAUCAGACUAACCAGCAAGUACUUGUCAGAGGAUUUUCAUGCCAAUACACCGCUCUUCCAGAGUUUCCUCAAUUAUAUCUUACUGUUCUUGGUGUACACUACCACAUUGGCUGUGAGACAAGGGGAGGAAAAUUUAUUGGCGAUUUUGAAAAGGAGAUGGUGGAAGUACAUGUUUUUAGGAAUCAUAGACAUAGAAGCCACAUAUUUGGUGGUAAAAGCUCAUCAGUACACCACUUUCAUUAGUAUACAGUUACUGAAUUGUUUUGUCAUUCCUGUGGUCAUAUUACUCUCCUGGUUUUUCUUACUGGUGCGAUAUAAAGUUUUACAUUUCAUUGGUGCCAUUGCCUGUAUAUUAGGCAUUGGCUGCAUGGCAGGAGCUGACGUUCUUAUGGGAAGACAACAAAAAGGAGACUUCUAUCCAGGAGACAGCAAACUGAUUGGGGAUGUUUUAGUAUUAGGAGGUGCCACACUCUAUGGAAUUUCGAGUGUAUGCCAGGAGUAUAUUGUAAGAAACCUAAGCCGGGUCGAGUUACUAGGCAUGAUUGGUCUCUUUGGAUCUUUCUUCAGUGGUAUCCAGCUAGCAAUAAUGGAACACAAGGAGCUGUUAAAGGUACCAUGGGACUGGCAAAUAGGAUUACUGUAUGUUGGCUUCACUGCCUGCAUGUUUGGCCUCUAUAGCUUCAUGCCUGUGGUUAAAAAAAACAAGUGCCACUGCAAUCAACCUUUCCAUGUUAACAGCAGAACUCUACACUUUUUUCUGCGGCCUCUUCUUGUUCCAUUACAAGUUUUCAGGGCUGUAUCUACUUUCCUUCUUCACAAUCCUGCUUGGGCUGGUCUUUUAUUUCUCCACCAAUACAUAUGUCGCCCAGGACCCAAGAGUGUACAAGCAGUUCCGUAACCCAUCUGGCCCAGUGGUUGAAUUGCCUUCUAGUGGACAGCUAGAGCCUUCAGUAACUUACACCAGUUUAAGCCAAGAAACAGAAGAGGAACCACGCG